CAGCGUCAUAAAGCGGUCGCGUUAUUGUGUAUUAAAGCCUUCAUCAUAGCUCGUCUGUGCAACCGAUACGGACUUAUUGUUUUAAACCAGUGAAUAUAAGUUGUUUAGACGCUACACAUCCUAUAAACGCGUGGAAUUGCGUUGUAUCGGGAAGGUGGCAGGUUCUUCCCUACGAUAUCUACGGGUUAAUAUUCAGGUCACGUUUGGGGAGAAAAGUCGGAGGAAUAGAUUUACUUUGGCACUUCGAUAUGAAAGGAACGGUAAACAUCAGUAACACAUGGGUGUUACCGGAGGAGGGCUUCCCCGUUUUCUACCGCUACUUCAGGGAUCGCAUCUCGUGGUACGAGGCUGAUGCUGUCUGCCAGUUCCAUCAUGCGAACCUCGUCACAGUUGAUACAACGGCUCAGUACGACGCGGUGAGGGCCUACCUAAAGGAAUUGGACAUCUCCAGUGCUGUGUGGGUCGGCCUGAUUCGCAGCAAUCCAGAUGGCGACUUUACGUGGACAGAUUAUCGCGGCUUAAGCGGCGAUGGCUACUGGAGUGCUGCACCGGAUGCGCGCUCGGCUCCGUUAUGUGCAGCUGCUGACCCAGCUGCAGACUACCGCUGGGAGGCACGAGCUUGCGGUGGCCCUUCAGUGGCUUCAUUCAUUUGUGAACUCCCAGUUCCACAAUGGGCACUUGGAAAUGAUGGUUGCAUGGUGAAAGCUUUGCCGGCUCUGACAGCCCUAUAUUUACCUGAAAGCGCGGCGGUACAGCUCACUGCGGAUUGCGGUCUAGCUGGCGUGAAACGCGUUCAAUGUACUGGAAACAUGAAACGUGAAGAUCUCUUAAGACAGUUAUCAUGUACUGAAGAUGAACAAACAUCUACUUCUUCAGUUAUGAUAUCGUCGAAUAUGUUCUAUGAAACUUCAACAGAAUCCGUAGUUUCCGAUCAAGAUAUGAAUGAUAAUAAUGAAGCUAGUACAGAAGAAAGUAAUACAACUGAACAUGAAGAUGAUAUCAAUCAAUCUAGCACUAAGCUGUUAACUAAAACUUUUGUAAUUUCAAGUACCGUAAAUCCAAGGACACAUGAACGAGAAAUGCCCAUCACAAAUUACAGAGUUCCAUUGGAUAAAAAUAUUGACUUAGACAUUAUAGAUAACAAUAAUCUUUUGAAUAAUGAUAUUCCAAAAUUAGCCAAUAAUGAUGAAUUCUUCACAAAUGAAGAAACUGAGAAGUUAGAAGACGAAAGGAACAUGCAACAUAAAAAAUUACACGAUGAACUUGCACGACUUGGUAACUUUGAAACAAUAUUUAGCCAACCCACUGAUCAUUUUGUACCACCUUUAGUUAUGGCAAAAGCUAAAAUUAGUGAUGAUAUGACAGCUUUGUCAAUUGAAGAAAAGAUAGCACAACAGUUUGCUGAAACACAAUUAAUAGGACAUGAUAACAUACAAAAUGAUAAUAUCGAUAUUAAAAACGACACCAAAGAAAUUUCUUCAGCGGAGACUCUAGGUAACUUAUCCACAACGGACAAUCCAUUGACAAAUGUCAUGUCUUCCACUAGGAUCAGUGAUUACGUAAGUAACACUAAAAAUGUCUUACCAAAAAAAUAUAAUAAUAAAUACGAUUAUGCUAAAGUGAAAUCUUCAAAGAACCGAAUCUCUACUAAAUCUACAGAACUUUCUUCAUCGUCAUCCAAAGUUAAUUCAGAAGGACUGUACUCAACAAAUACACCGUUGAAAACAUUUGAACAAAAAUUUCAUACUAAUAAUUACCGGUACCCAGAAGAAGAUUCAUCGCUUGAACUCACCGUAAUUAUAAAAGAACCUGAAUUGAGCAAUAACAAGGAUUUACAAACAAAUUAUUCCAUUUUAGACAUUUCUGAAAUUGAAAAAACCAAAUCUUCGGUAAACGAAACAGAAAAUAAAUUAGCAUACACUGUAACAACUGAUCGUCAAGUCAUAAUAAGCGAUGAAGUUAUCAAAAUUGAAAUUAUAAAUGAGAAAAACAGCAAUCAUUCUAAUAUAGACAUAACGGUGUAUGAAGUUACAACCAAAGUUCCGGUUUAUAAAGAUGAUAUUGAAAAUAACAAAAGUAAAAUAAUAAAACAGGUUAACCAACAAACAACGGCGCAACCUAUUGACUUACCACUAACAUUAAACGAAAAUUCUACUCUUACAUCUAUAAAUGAUUUAAUUACCGCUUCUAUUCGUCCAGCUGUGCGGAAUUUAUCUUCAUCUGAUACAAUAUCACAAUCUACUGAAGCAACCUUAAUAACUGUCACUAGUGAUUUGAGUGUUGGUACAGAUGCUAAUAAUUUGACGUUUGAAUUUAAAAGUCAAAAUAUAUCUGAAGACAUAUUUAAGUCAUCUAAUAUUUCAACUAAUGAAAAUGACGAUGGAGUAAAUGAAGCUGAUUUCAUUGAACAUCUAGAGAAAAACGACACUUAUGUAACAUCCGAGAUUGAUGACUUUCAAUCGCCCUUAUUGUCUGGUGCAAGUGAACCUUUACACAAACCUAACAGGUCAAGGCGACCGCAAACACAGAAUCGAGUUAAUAAAUUCAAUCCAUUUCGCAUUUUAGGUUAGAAAAUUUACAUAACAUUCCUGGAUUUUGACUGCCAUACAAGGAAGUUCGAAUAAUAAAAUAUAAAUGACUGAACCAAAGUAAAACAUCUACCUAGCGAGUAUUUCACAUUCACAAAUAUUGUGAUGGCACAGUGCACUUAGCUGAUUCUCAUUAUAUAAUUAAUCAGUGGUCUAUAGUAGAUUAAUUGUGAUUCAUAACAAUAUUUUAAAAAGUAUUUUCGCACUGCAUGUUUUCAUAAUAUCAAUCAUCUUUUAAUAUCACUGACAUUUUAAUGUCAUCAAUAUGUUUAUUAACUAAAGUAGUCAAUUCGUAUGUUUCAAUAAAGUAUAGCUAAAUGUUUUCACUAUAAAUGAUAAUAUGUUACAUCAUAUAUAGUAUUGAUACUUCGAUACGUUGCGUUACGCUUUUUAGACGACGCCUAUCAAAGCGAAGACGAUAAAUAAAAUUGGAAUAAUCUUAGUCUUUUAUCUAUUCUAAAAAACAUAUCUUAGAAACAUUAUGUUAAAUUGAUGAUGUAACUGUUUAACGAUAUUUGUUAAAGAUGUUCUAAAGACAUAUUAAUACUUCAUUUGCAAUUACUUUUCACCGAUUGCGAUAAUAAACAUAUUUUCGUUUAACUUUUGAAAAUAUACAAAGAGGUAUCUUUUUAUAUCUUAGAACAUACUUUAUACAAAUAAUAUUAGCCAAAGAUAUAGAGUCGUAGAACAUCAAUACCAUUAGUAGUAAAUAAGAACUAUUCAUAGUUAUAUUUACUGUUAUUAAGAAAAUGAAAAUUCAUAAAUCAUAUCAUUCUAGAAUAAGUCUUAAAUGUUUUAUAAAGAUACUCUAAGUAAUAAAUUAUAAAUUAAUUAAUAGCACAGUGAGUGGAAGGACUUCAACACGGACGAUGAGGAUAAAUAAUUACCAGUUAUGUAUUACGCUAAGCGUACUUGUAAACAGCUCAGCGGGAUGAAUCAUGAUCAAGUAAAAAUAAUAUAAAUUCUGUGGAAAGAAAUAAUUUGUGUAGAAGUCUAAAGAAGAAGUGUGAAGUGUGUCUUCAGUUUAUAAAUUGUAUUUAUCACU